AAUUAAAUUUUAAACGCUUACUUAGGUUGAAGUGAACUGCUUGUAAUAAUUACGGAAGCCAUUAGACAAGCCUUUGUUCUCUUCAUUUUCCCGAACAAAUAUUCAGUACUGAUAGAGAGAUCUAGUGGCCUGAUGAGGCUGCACUGGCUACUCCUGGUGCUUCCUUGCUCACACAUCCUAGGGGAUACAAUACGUCGGGAAUGGCCCCUAAGACCUCUGUCCUGGUGGCAACGUCAGUACUACCAACGUCGAUGGAAUCUGAGGAUGCGUUUUACGACUACUCCCCGACCAGGUGCCACGGUCGAGUCGCCAGAGAUGCGAAUUGUGUAUCCUUGCUACUGCCCAAAGCCGAAGGCCGGAAUCCAAGAUUAUAGGAAGGUUACGGGCUUUGCAAAGCGUCUAUUUGAGCCCGAUGAUGUAUUCUUUCUUAAUCGAUAAGAUAAGUCCAACAAAAACAUAACUAUAACUGCUUUAA